AUGCCGAGAGGAGCCGAAGGUAAGGCUUCGGAGUCACAACUCGAGAACUUUCUUGCAGCAAUGGUUGAACAAAUGCGGAUUCAACAUGAAGAAAUGAAAACGCUGCUCACCGCCUUGGCACCCACGCAGAGAAGCACCGUCCAGGACGUCAGCAAGGAUCAAUACGACCAGCUGAGUAAAGAUGUGCAAAUGUUCGUGUCCGACGAAGAGGUGGGUCACACUCUCGCCUAUUGGUACAAGAGGUACGGACCGGUCAUCAGGGAUACGGUCUUGCUGGAUAGCAAGAAGCGCGAUUUGGUCCUCAUGAAGCUGGACGAGGAUGCAUAUCGCAAAUAUGCUGAUGACAUACUACCGAAACAAUCGCACAAGAUCGAUUUCGAGACGACGGUCGCGAAUCUGGAGAAGCUUUUCGCGUCAAGGAAGACGCUGAUUCGACGACGGUACGAGUGUCUCAGGAUAAACUGCCCGCCGCUGACGGCCAGUUGUGUACCAUUCCGCGACUACGCUAACAUGAUCAAGCGGAUGGACGAAGACGCUCGACUGAAGGAGCUGGACUACACAGCACUGAAGACGCUACAGUUCGUAGCAGGACUUCAGGAUCCGUUGCUUCGUGAAGUUCGUCUGAGAAUGCUCCGUCGACUGGAUAUGCACACAGAAGAUGCGCCGUUGGCGAUAGAAGACCUCGUUGCUGAUUGUAAGAACUUCACCGCAUUGAAGAUGGACAACACAGACAUGGAAGGAAGUCAUGAUGUCCAUGUCGUGCAGAAAAAGAAUGUGAAGUGCUUCAAUUGUGGAGGACCGAACUACAGAAGCACAUGCCCGCUUCUCUCCUCCAACACUGGGCAGAAGAUGCGACAGAAACCAAGAAGACGAUUCAACCAUCGCAGGAAAAGCCAGUGUAAGAACGUUGUCACCUUCGCCGCUGAGAACGCUCGAACCUACCUCGAUGUCAAUAUCAGGGGACGUACUCUACGCUUCCAGCUCGACACAGGCGCAGAUAUCACGUUGGUAUCACGUCGAACGUGA